UUUCAUUUCACAACGUUAAAUAAAAUAAAUAAGAGGCCAUAAAAGUUGUUAGCAACAAGUGUUUAAUUUUAUUGCUAUCAGUGGUGUUUGUAAUUAAUAAAAUUGCAUAAGCACGAAUGUCCAGCAAGCACAUGUGGCAGAGAAACAUUAUAUCAUUUAUAGAUCGCCGAUUGUCCGGACUGAUGGCGGAGGCAGCAUCCUGUGCCCGAAAGGGGACCAAGUACGCCGAGGGCACCCAGCCCUUCACCGUCCUCAUCGAGGGCAACAUCGGCAGCGGGAAGACCACGUAUUUGAACCACUUCGAGAAGUACAAGAACGACAUUUGCCUGCUGACCGAGCCCGUCGAGAAGUGGCGCAACGUCAACGGGGUAAAUCUGCUGGAGCUGAUGUACAAGGAUCCCAAGAAGUGGGCCAUGCCCUUUCAGAGUUAUGUCACGCUGACCAUGCUGCAGUCGCACACCGCCCCAACCAACAAGAAGCUAAAAAUAAUGGAGCGCUCCAUAUUUAGCGCUCGCUAUUGCUUCGUGGAGAACAUGCGACGGAACGGCUCGCUGGAGCAGGGCAUGUACAAUACGCUGGAGGAGUGGUACAAGUUCAUCGAAGAGUCCAUUCACGUGCAGGCGGACCUCAUCAUUUAUUUGCGCACCUCGCCGGAGGUGGCACACGAGCGCAUCCGGCAGCGGGCCCGCUCAGAGGAGAGCUGCGUGCCGCUUAAGUACCUUCAGGAGCUGCAUGAGUUGCACGAGGACUGGUUGAUACACCAGAGACGCCCGCAGUCGUGCAAGGUCCUAGUCCUCGAUGCCGAUCUGAACCUGGAAAACAUUGGCAGCGAGUACCAGCGCUCGGAGAGCAGCAUAUUCGACGCCAUCUCAAGUAACCAACAGCCCUCGCCGGUUCUGGUGUCGCCCAGCAAGCGCCAGAGGGUCGCCAGAUAACCAUUAUCCCAUUAGUACCUAAUUGUGUGUAGUACAGACGUUUAAAAUAAUAAUUUAAGAGGCCUAGACGAGCCGAUUCGCGGGACAAAGGCAGAAACUGAUAUAACUUACAUUUCGAGCCCCUGAUUAACACAUUCGUAUAUUAACAAUUAUAAUCCACAUUAUAUUCUCUUCACAGCAACUAACUAGUAUGUAAGCUCAAAAUAUUGUAAUAAAAACUGUGAAAGGCAAGGCA